CUGCUGGGACUAGCCUACCGCGGAGGGACGAAGCGGGGCAGGACCAAGAACCCAAGUACCCAGGGGAGAAGCAAGAAAUCCUUGCUUCGUUGCUUCUUCCGCGGGAUCCUGUUCUUGGCAUCUUCGGGCAGCAAUGGUGUUGGGCUCGCCGGUCAAGCGGCGGGCCGUCAAGGGCCCGCUGGAGAAGGCCAGCCUGGCGGGCCUCGCCGCGGUGGCCGUCGCCGGCGCCGCGCUGCUGCUGCUCGUCUGUGCCGCCUCGCUCCGCUGCUCGGCCGCCUUCGGGUCAGCGCUGUCGGCGGCGCCCAAGAAGCUCUGGAGCGGCGGGGUCUCCAUCGCGGCCGAGGCUUCGGCGGCGGCGGCGGCGGCAGCGGAGGCGCGCGGGAAGGUGGCGGCGGGGAAGGAGGAGUGCGACCUGUUCGACGGGGAAUGGGUGUGGGACAACGGUUACCCGCUGUACGACUCCAGGGACUGCCCCUUCCUGGACGUCGGGUUCCGGUGCUCCGAGAACGGCCGCCCCGACGCGUCCUACACCAAGUGGCGGUGGCAGCCAUCGCGCUGCGAUCUCCCAAGAUUUGAUGCCAAAAGUAUGCUAGAGAAGCUACGAAACAGAAGAGUAGUAUUCGUUGGUGAUUCGAUUGGAAGGAACCAAUGGGAGUCUCUACUUUGUAUGCUCUCUACUGCUGUUCUAAACAAGAGCUCCAUCUAUGAAGUUAAUGGGAGCCCCAUCACAAAGCACAUGGGUUUCUUAAUUUUCAACUUUAGAGACUACAAUUGCACUGUGGAAUACUACAGAUCUCCUUUUAUAGUCCUUCAAGGUCGUGCACCAGCUGGAGCCCCUGAGAUUGUUAAGUACACAAUUCGGGUGGAUGCCAUGGAUUGGAUGUCUGACCGGGGUAAGUGGAAGGAUGCUGAUGUAUUGAUCUUCAACACUGGGCACUGGUGGAACAAUGAGAAAACAAUCAGGGGCGGUGCCUACUUCCAAGAAGGAGAUGAGGUGAAAAUGGAGAUGACUGUUGCAGAUGCUUACCGAAGAUCGAUACAGACAUUGUCUGAUUGGCUUCACAAAGAAGUUAACACAAGCAAGACCCAUGUCAUCUACCGUACAUAUGCUCCUGUGCAUUUCAGAGGUGGUGACUGGAACACUGGUGGGAGCUGUCACCUAGAAACUCUUCCGGAUGUGACACCACUCAAGUCGCUGGAAGAAUGGACUGACCUGCUUAAACCCGUGAAUGAUUUUCUUGGGGAUAAUCUCAGACCCAAGCUUCAUGGGUUAGACAUGCUGAACGUGACGCAGAUGACAGCUCAGCGAAAAGACGGCCACCUUUCAGUAUACCUAAGCCCUUCAGGACCUGUCCCUCGCUACAAACAGGAUUGCAGCCACUGGUGCCUACCUGGAGUCCCUGAUACCUGGAAUGACCUUGUAUAUGCCCUCGUCAUGAAAAGACAUAUGCGGACGGAUCAAAAUGUUCCCCUUGCUGGCACUGAAACGUUGAACACUGGCUGAUAAAAUACAAGGGGCGAGCUAGGAAAUGCUAUAAUGGCGAAGACUGAAGAUGGAAGUGUAUCCAGCAGCAGCUCGUCAUGACAAAGCAAGCUCAUGGUCAUCCUGGGCGAUGACGCUGCUGAUGACAUACCAAUUAGGAUGCCAGAAUCUUGGGUGUCUGUUUGCAGGAAGCUGCACCACCCUGCUGUGUCUGUUGCAUAUGCUGAGGUUAGUGACUAACUGAGCAGAGGUAGAAGUAGUUUAGCGUAUGGUGAAGGGAAUUUGUAUGUUCCAUUCCGUACAAAGGUUAUUAGUGUAAGCUAGCGAUGGUGAACAUGGCUGGCCCUGCAGUGAAUGAUGUAAAUAUAUAGCAAGCGGCGAAAUCAGAGCUGCUGGCAACAUGUAGCGUAUGGUGAAGGGAAUUUGUAUGCUGUUUACAUACUCUG